CAGGAGGCAUUGGACUCGAUCAUGAAGGAUCUGGUGGCUCUCCAGAUGAGCCGACGUCCCCGGGUGUCUGGAUAUGAGACCAUGAAGAACAAGGAUGUGAGUCACGCAAAUAGGCAGAAAAAACACAGCAGCAGCAGCUCAACCCUUCUGAACAGCCCCACAAUAACAACAAGCUCAUGUGCAGGGGCCAGUGAGAAAAAGAAAUUUUUGAGUGACGUCAGAAUCAAGUUUGAACACAAUGGGGAGAGACGAAUUAUAGCAUUCAGCCGGCCUGUGAGAUAUGAAGAUGUGGAGCUCAAGGUGGCAAAAGUAUUUGGGCAGCCUCUUGAUCUACAUUACAUGAACAACGAGCUCUCUAUCCUGCUUAAAAACCAAGAUGAUCUCGAUAAAGCAGUUGACAUUUUGGACAGAAGCUCAAGCAUGAAAAGCCUCAGGAUAUUGCUGCUGUCCCAGGACAGAAACGAUAGCAGCUCCUCUCCCCUCCCUGGAGCAUCCAGGCAGGUGCGGAUCAAGGCUUCCCAGUCCACGGGGGAUGUAAAUGCCGCCUACCAGCCCCCAGAGCCCAGAAGCAGGCACCUCUCUGUCAGCUCCCAGAACCCCGGCCGAAGUUCACCUCCCCCUGGCUAUGUGCCUGAGCGGCAGCAGCACAUUGCCCGGCAGGGAUCCUACACCAGCAUCAACAGCGAGGGGGAAUUCAUCCCAGAGACCAGCGAGCAGUGCAUGCUGGACCCCCUGAGCAGUGCUGAAAAUUCCUUGUCGGGAAGCUGCCAGUCCUUGGACAGUCCGUCCUUCCGGAAAUCACGGAUGUCCCGAGCCCAGAGUUUCCCAGACAAUAGACAGGAGUACUCCGAUCGAGAAACCCAGCUCCAUGACAAAGGGGUAAAAGGAGGAACCUAUCCCCGGCGCUACCACGUGUCUGUGCAUCACAAGGACUACAAUGACGGCAGAAGAACGUUUCCCCGAAUACGACGUCAUCAAGGCAACUUGUUCACUCUGGUUCCCUCCAGUCGCUCCCUAAGCACAAACGGCGAGAACAUGGGUCUGGCUGUACAGUACCUGGACCCCCGAGGACGCCUGCGGAGUGCAGACAGCGAGAACACACUUUCUGUCCAGGAGAGGAGUGUGCCAACCAAGUCUCCCAGUGCCCCCAUCAACUGGCGCCGGGGGAAGCUCCUGGGCCAGGGCGCCUUCGGCAGGGUCUAUUUGUGCUAUGACGUGGACACAGGACGUGAGCUUGCUUCCAAGCAGGUCCAGUUUGACCCGGACAGCCCUGAGACAAGCAAGGAGGUGAGCGCCCUGGAGUGUGAGAUCCAGUUGCUGAAGAACCUGCAGCAUGAGCGGAUAGUGCAGUACUACGGCUGCCUGAGGGACCGUGCUGAGAAGACACUGACCAUCUUCAUGGAGUAUAUGCCUGGGGGCUCAGUGAAAGACCAGCUGAAAGCCUACGGAGCUCUGACGGAGAGUGUGACCCGCAAGUACACCCGGCAGAUCCUGGAGGGCAUGUCUUACCUGCACAGCAACAUGAUUGUGCACCGGGACAUCAAGGGAGCCAACAUCCUCCGAGACUCUGCUGGGAACGUGAAGCUGGGAGACUUCGGAGCCAGUAAACGCCUGCAGACCAUCUGCAUGUCGGGCACAGGCAUGCGCUCGGUCACUGGCACGCCCUACUGGAUGAGCCCUGAGGUGAUCAGCGGCGAGGGCUAUGGAAGAAAGGCAGAUGUAUGGAGCCUGGGCUGCACUGUGGUGGAGAUGCUGACAGAGAAACCACCAUGGGCGGAGUAUGAAGCAAUGGCUGCCAUUUUCAAGAUCGCCACCCAGCCCACCAACCCUCAGCUGCCUUCCCACAUCUCUGAGCACGGCCGGGACUUCCUGAGACGCAUUUUUGUGGAGGCGCAUCAGAGGCCUUCGGCCGAGGAGCUGCUCACACACCACUUUGCACAGCUCGUGUACUGAGCUCCCAAGGCGUGCUGCUGCGGCCUGCCCUGCUGCAUGGGCGAGGGCUGCCGUGGACACGGCGGCGUCGCUGCUUCCCCGGCAGAGCUGCGGACUGCGGAGCUACGUCCAGCCUGCACUCGUCUGUGCCUCUUCUGCCGUGGAGCUCAGAGCCACGUGGAAUAGUGCCGCCUCGAGGACUGGAAGGCCCCAGCCUGCCGCCCCUGAGAGCUCCAGCACCCCAAGUGCAGUGUGGAGGGAAGGGCUGGGAACAGUGUGUGAGGCCGCGGCACUGCAGCCCAUGCUGAAGCGGGGCUCGGGCUCAGGACGGGCGCAGGGGGUUGAAUAGUGUUACUCUGACUCAGUGUUCUUGUCUUUCCUCACCGGGUGUGGGCUGGCAGGGCCCACGCAGGUCCCCCCAGGCAGUGGGAGGCAGAGGCCUGGGCCGCCCUCUCCCAUAGGGCCCCAGGCCAGCCUGUUAGUCGUCCUUUACCAAAGAUAAAGCAAAUUAUAUGCUGCCUUAUUCAGGGAAGGAGGAGCCCAUCCUGCCUGUCCCUGCGACCCUGCACCCUCAAGCAGGGGCCUGAGGUGUGGCGCUGCCCCGAGUGGGGAGACCCAGUUUUGUCAAUGCAAUUGUCUGUUUUACAAGUUGGAGUCUCUCUUAUGCUGUACCUGGUCUCUAACCUGAAGACCUGUGUGUCCCCUGGCUUGGAGCACCAAGGUGUGGGCCGAGGCCUUGGGCUUCACUGGAAAGAGUGGCUGGGUGGCCUUUGUGCCCCUGGCCUAGCACUCGCUCCCCUCUGGAGCAGAAAACCUGGAUAACUUAGGGUGUCUGGGCAGCUGGCUACCCUGACCGGCCAGGCUGAGCAGGGGAGCCCCGCAGUUCUCGGGCUGUGAGGCAUGCCCUGCCAGCCAGCGCCCCUCCGCCUAGUACACAGAAAGCCCAUGUGCUGCCACCAGCUGUGUCCGGAGCCACCAGCUCUGCCUGCAGAGCCCACCUUACCACCCAGUGAGCUGUGGGUCUCUUCCUCCUGUGCUCCGGGGCGGGAGGAGUGGCAGUGUGGCCGGGGAGCGGUCUCCGGGCAGCUUAGAGUGGGCCAUGUUUACCUCAGCCUGGAUGCUGCUCCUCCCACCGCCUUCCGAAAUGUGCCUACUGCUAGAGCGCCUCCCUGCGGCCCCCAGGUCCUGGGGGUGGCCAUCCGCGGGGGUGGGGGCAGGUCCAGGAUGGCAGCUCCCGGGAGCUGGGGAGCAGGCCGGCCACUCGUUGCCAGCCACGCCCACUGCCCCGUGGGCGCAGAACAAGCCAAAGCCUUCGUUGUAUGUUGACGAUGCACUUUUAUGAAUGUAGUUUCUAUCGCUGUUUUUAGCCUUUUCACAUCAUGUAAUGUGAGGCCUUGUAUUUGUUAAUUUAUAUCUCAGAUCAUAUUUGAUGGUUUUUAUAUAUAUCAAUUGUAGACUGUUACAGGUGAUGGACGCCUCAAGAGAGAAGAGAAAAAUGAAAGCAGCUGGUUUUGCAGAAAUGUGUGCUGUAUGGUGCCACUUGGGCCUGGGCUUCUGUGUGCCAUCCUUUUUGCCAGGGGACCCCGUCAGGCCCCCUUCCACCGGCAGCUGCCCGGAUGCCAGUGAACACAUGCUCCUGCCUCCCUUGUGGCCCCUGCCAGGGUGGGGCGCAGCCCAUCAUCUCCACCGGAGCUGCCGAGCAGUGGCUCAGCCUCUGAUCCCCCAGUGACUACACCCUCCUUGGCCCACACUCCGGCCCUAGUGCCCCCCACCCCCACCCCAAGGGAAACCAUGUGGUGUUGCUGACAAGAUGACUCUGUCCCAGGUUCAGGCUGGCACAGAGCCCCUCCUCCAGGGUCUUCACAGGGAAUGUUUUAAAAAUGAAUUUAAAACAAG